AUGGGGCUCUCCUGGAUCCUGCUCGCCAUCCUUGGCGUCGCCGUAGUCCUGCGAAUACUACGAUAUGGUCAACGAUCGAAGGGAUAUCCUCCUGGACCGCCCACCUUACCAUUCAUUGGGAAUCUGCAUCAACUCCCAAGGAGCGGCUUACUCCAUGAGAAAUUCCAGGAAUGGGCAGACCAAUAUGGGCCGGUGGUUAGUAUCAAGCUUGGGAGUCAGACCAUGAUCCUCUUGAAUGACAGAACAGCGGUCAAAGAGCUCUUGGAUAAGCGAAGUCAGAAUACAUCCGCCAGGAUGGAUAUGUUCUUGGGUGAAUUUGGCGGCCACAACCAAAUUCUAAUGCGCAACAAUGAUGAGACCUGGAGACGCCAGCGUCGAAUGUAUCAUCGGAAUCUGAAUGGUCAGAACGCGGACGUGUAUCUCCCGUACCAGGACUAUGAAUCGAUUCAGCUGCUGGGAGAUCUUCUGCAAACCCCCGCGAAGUUUGAGGACAAUCUCAAACGUUACACCGCUAGCAUCGGAUACACCAUCGCAUAUGGAAUGCGCAUAAAUUCGAUUGAGGAGAACAAAGCGGCGCGAACUCUGUUCGAGGGCCCGGCCCAGUGGACGGCAGGUCAGGUGAUAGUCGGAAUGGGGCUGGCCAUCACGGACUGGUGGCCCUUCCUUCGCAUAUUAUUUCGAAACAUGCCAACCAGAAUCAUCCCCUUUCUCGGAGAGAUCGACAGAUUGAACCGUAUAGAGUCCGACUUGUGGGAUGAACAGUACCAAAUUGUUCGACGCAAGGUUGAAUCUGGACAUGUCAGACCCUGUACGCAGAUUUCAACGGGGUUUCAAAAUGCUGACCAGAUCCCAGUGAUACCCAAUUCACCUCACUUUGGUUUUUUGUCAAGGCCCGUUUCGCCCAACACCAACCGUCCCAGCUGCGCUGACUUUUUUUUUUGGCAGGCUAUGCUGCUCUACCCGCAAUGCCAAAAGAAAGCGCAAGAAGAGAUUGACGCCAUAGUGGGAGCCGACAGACUGCCAAAGUGGUCCGACUGGGAUUCCCUCCCAUAUACGCGCGGUGUGUUGAAGGAGACUAUGCGUUUCUAUCCAGCCACCAUUACUGGAGGCAUGCCGCAUGCAGUGGUCAAAGAUGACAUGUACUUGGGAUACACCAUUCCAGCAGGAGCAGGGCUGGUCAACAACGUGUGGGCGGUGAACAAUGCCGUUGAAAACCCGCGCAAUUUCGACCCUACUCGCUUCCUCGAAGAUUCACAGAGCUCAAUGGAGUCGGCCGUGCAGGCGGAUGCCAGCAAGCGUGAUCAUUUCACCUUCGGCGCAGGACGUCGGAUCUGCCCAGGCGCCCAUGUUGCUGAUCGGGGCUUAUUCGUUGCCAUGACCAGGCUUCUUUGGUCGUUUAAUUUCGAGCCAUUUCCCGGGGAGAAGGUUGAACAAGAUGCUUUCCAACCCGGAUUUAUUACUUCUCCAGUGCCCUUCAGGUAUGCACCCUCUUUUACUCCGUCCGGUGGUGACUUGGGAGUCACCGUCCUAGCACGAGUUCGCGAAGCUAAUCAGCAGAGCUUGGCGUGCCCUCAGGUGCCAGAUAAAACCACGGAGUGA